AAGAGAGACACAGAUGAAGGGUCAUUUUUUCAGGAAACAUGUCAGACAAGCCAGUGUGUGUGAGUGAUUUUGAGCACCAGGCUAAAAAAAUCUUACCCAAAGCGGUAUUUGAUUAUUAUUUCUCUGGAGCAGAUCAGCAGGAAUCACUAGCUGAUAAUGUAGCAGCUUUCAAAAGGUGGCGUUUGUACCCACGCGUGCUUAAAGAUGUGUCCGAGGUGGACAUGUCUACAACUGUGCUGGGACAGAGAGUGAACAUGCCUGUGUGUGUAGCAGCCACUGCAAUGCAGAGAAUGGCGCAUCCUGAAGGAGAAACUGCUACUGCCAGAGCCUGUUACUCCGCUGGCACAGGUAUGAUGCUGAGCUCCUGGGCCACCUCCACCAUAGAGGAAGUGGCACUAGCAGCCCCGGCUGGCCUGCGCUGGAUGCAGCUCUACAUUUACAAAGACCGAUCACUGACUGAGUCUCUGGUUAGGAGGGCUGAAGAGGCAGGGUAUAAGGGUAUCUUUGUCACAGUGGACACACCUUAUCUUGGCAAGCGUCGUGAUGACGUGCGGAAUCGCUUCAAGCUGCCCACUCAUUUGAGGAUGGCCAAUUUUGAAACGCCUGAUUUAGCAUUCUCAUCAAAGGAGGGCUACGGGGAGGACAGCGGCCUGGCAGUGUAUGUGGCUCAGGCCAUAGAUCCUACACUGAAGUGGGAGGACAUAGCUUGGCUAAAAGGAAUCACUUCCUUGCCUCUGGUGGUUAAAGGAGUUCUGAGAGCGGAAGAUGCCAGAGAAGCUCUAAAAUAUGGUGUUGAUGGGAUACUUGUGUCAAACCAUGGAGCAAGACAGCUUGAUUGUGUUCCAGCCACUAUCGAUGUCUUGCCUGAGAUUGUGGAGGCCGUGGGUGGCAGAGCUGAAGUUUAUCUGGAUGGAGGCAUCCGCACAGGUACAGAUGUGUUAAAGGCCCUGGCGCUGGGGGCUAAGGCUGUGUUUUUGGGAAGACCCAUCCUGUGGGGUCUGGCCUGUGAGGGUGAGAAAGGGGUCCGAGAUGUGCUCCAGUUGCUACGAGAGGAACUUCACCUGGCAUUAGCUCUUACAGGAUCCCGAUCUGUGAAGGAAAUUGAUAGGAACCUUUUGAGAAGAUCUGAGCAAAUCCCAAGGAUCUGAUGACCUGCACAAAGCUCUCAUUAAAAUGUUGGAAUUCUGAAUUUCUAGAAUAUGACUUAAGGUAUAAAACAGAUACCAAGAAGUUAUUAGAACAUGUUUAUAUAUAAACAUAUUAAUUGACAUACUAGGAGUCAUACUUUCUUUUUUAUUAGCCUUCAGAUAUUACGCGCAACAGCAAUAUUGAAUUGAAUUCUGUCAGGUAAUUAUACACAGCAUUUUCUUGUUUUGAACCAAAAAGUUCAUACUUAUAUGUCAUACAGUUCUUCAAUGUCAUGCUGUCCUUAUUUCCUGACUAUAUUAAAUGGGCCAACGUUGCUCAUUCUGCUU